AGGUUGCUUGUAAACCAACAUAACUCAUAACUGUAGUCAAUUUUUUUUUUUUUAUCAAAAACACAAUAUAAAACCACGUAUAUUAAAUAUUUUUAUUAAAAACAAAAUUGCUGGUUAGUGAACCGAUAUAAUGACCAGCUUCGAGAAGUACAUACGUCAAACGCCCGUCGCCGAAAAAUACAUACGCUAACGCCGUCGCCAAGAAACAGUACUGUUUCUUCCUACCCAGUCGUCGUCUUCGGUCAUCGGCACUUCGACAAGGCACAUCAACAACGUCGUUUCUGUUUUGUAACUUUACAGUUCGCCGGUGUAGUCGUUGGUCGGAAUUUUUUCAGAUGGAAGGUGUGGAUGCAUCCAAUUUGGACUUAGAAAAUGUGGUACCACGAGUUAAUGAUGCGGAAGCGGAUGGUUUUAGAUGCAGCGUUGAUGAGCUUGUCAUGAAAGUCGAUAAGCUUGAACAAAGUGUGAAUGAGGUUGAGAAGUUCUACUUGAAUACAAGUAUAAAACAACCAAAUACCUCAAAGAAUACUUCUUCAGGGAAACACAAAGUUAAGGAUAGACAUGUUCCUGGCUUUAAGAAGCUACAACAGGAAGCAUCACGCAGAGAGGCUGCUGCGGCUAAGAGGAUGCAGGAGCUUAUGCGCCAGUUUGGCACAAUAUUGCGCCAGAUCACUCAACACAAAUGGGCUUGGCCUUUUAUGCAGCCAGUUGAUGUUGAAGGACUUGGGUUGCAUGACUAUUAUGAGAUUAUUGACAGGCCCAUGGACUUUAGUACAAUAAAGAACCAAAUGGAGGCUAUGGAUGGUGCCGGGUAUAAGCAUGUCAGAGAGAUUUGUGCUGAUGUUAGGCUGGUGUUCAAGAAUGCAAUGAAGUACAAUGAUGAACAGAGUGAUGUUCAUCUGAUGGCAAAUACUUUACUGGAAAAAUUUGAGGAGAAAUGGUUGCAACUUCUGCCAAAAGUUAAUGAGGAGGAAAAAAGACGAGAAGAGGAGGAAGCAGAAGCUCAACUGAGUAUGCAGCUUGCUCUGGAGGCUGCUCAUGCUAAAAUGGCCAGGGAUCUGUGUAAUGAGCUUUAUGAAGUUGAUACACACGUUGAGGAACUCAGAGAGACGGUGGUCAGAAGAUGCAGGUUUGGUUGUAUGACUGAUAUUCAAAUGAAAAUAUCAAUAGAGGAGAAGAGGAAUCUAGGUAUAGCUCUCACGAAGUUAUCUCCUGAUGGUCUUAGUAAGGCACUGGAGAUAGUAGCACAAAAUAACCCACUAUUUCCUGCUUCAGCAGAAGAGGUGGAACUUGACAUUGAUGCUCAGAGCGAAUUGACAUUGUGGAGGCUAAAAUUCUUCAUCAAGGAUACAUUAGAAGUUGGGGGCAAGAGUGCAAGCAAAUGUGACACCAGUAACUCAGCCAAUGUUGCUGCUACUAGUCCUAAUAUUAGUGCUGCCUCCAAAAGAAAAAGGGAGAUUUGUGAUGCUCUUGUGAAGAAUGCCAAGAAGCGAAACAAAAAGCCCUCUAAAUGAAUUUGUUUAAGAAAUGGGCUGCAGGUUAGAUGUGCAGUUCUUGGGUAUCAUCAUCAGGAGAAAAGUUUUGUUUGUCUAGUCGCGAAUGAGACAUUUUUUUUCCCACUAAGCUCACUUUUAUAGUAUUUUCAAUUCAAUUUGUGAUCCUUUUUUUUCAAACUUCUCCAUCUCUCUCUCUCUCUAUAUACACACACUAGUUGCAUAAGGCCCGGCCUUGAUGUAAGAAUACAAGUUUAAUAUUAGAAAAGAUAUAAACUUAAAUCAAAUUUUUUAUUGCA